AUGCUUUCUUACCAGUCACCCGUUUUCCCCAUCGACGAUGUGGCCAAUUUGUCCAUUCCGCAGUUCAUUACGCGUUACAACCCAGAUGACGUACCGGCAGACAAGGUCGUCCAUACGGAUACCUUCUCCCAAGAGCCCCUGACAUAUGGCUCUCUUCGCGACCAAGCUGCGCGUGCUGCCUGGGGUCUGCGGCAAUCGGGCCUGCAGCCCGGAGAUGUCUUACUCGCGCUGGCAAACAACUCGAAUGGUUUUGUUCUCCUAGCGCAUGCGACGUGGUGGGCAGGUGCUGUUUUCGCUCCUCUCAACACCGCUGCGACGCCCCACGAUAUUUCCCAUAUUCUCAAGAUCGUCCGCCCAACCCAUGUCGUCACGGUCGCGUCGAAGCUCAGCCAUGUCCAGGAUGCGUUAUCCUCUUUGUCCAUGAACAACACGAAGGUCUUGACGGUUCUCAGUAGGGUGGAGAAUUUGCCCCAGUUCCCGAAUGAUAUCAUCGGCGGCAGCAGCGGCAGCAGCACCACGGAGAGUCUCCCGCCCUAUGACCUUCAAGGCAGAAGCGCCAAGGAUGUACCCAGCACCAUCUGCUUUUCCUCCGGAACAACGGGAACGAUCAAGGGCGUGCAGCUCUCUCAUUACAACCUUGUCAUGAACUCUAUAAUAAUGCGUAUCUCCCUGCCGGUCCGGUACAACUCCAGCGUCAGAGAAGUCUUCUUUGCGCCAUAUUGCCAUAUCUAUGGCUUAUCCAUAGCGGUGGUCACUGGCAUGUGGGUUGGAGCCCACUUCUGCGGUCUUCCGGCUUUCGACCUCGAGACCUUCUGUCGCAAGUCGAGUGAGGUCAAGGUUACCGACCUGCAUAUUGUUCCCCCGGUGGCGCUCCUCCUCGCAACGUCCCCCGUGGCUCAGAAAUAUGACCUUUCUUCUCUGCAGAGAAUUGUCAUAUCCGCCGCCCCGUUGAAGAAAUCCGUUCAGCUUCUGCUAAAGAAGCGGCUUCCGGGUAUCAGCGUCUGCCAAGGCUAUGGACUCUCCGAGGCUACAGGCGGUAUCAUCCAUCAGGUCGAUGAAGAUGAACGUGCUUUCGGAAGUGUUGGCAAGCUCUUUGCCGGGGUGGAAGCUCGCCUUGUAGACCCGAAGACAGGAGCAGACUGCAAGCUAGAUGAAGAAGGCGAACUAUGGGUCCGUGGCCCAGUGGUCAUGAUGGGUUAUGUCGGUGACAAGGAAGCAACCGAGCACACCUUCUCGGAAGGUUGGCUCAGAACAGGCGACAUUCUAAAGGUGGACGAACAUCAGAACUUCUGGGUCACUGACCGGCUGAAGGAGAUGAUCAAGUACAAGGGUUUCCAAGUUGCUCCUUCCGAGCUUGAGGAUAUGCUCUUGCACCAUCCGGACGUCAUCGACGCUGCAGUCUGUGCCGUCUACGACGAUGCUCAAGCUACCGAAGUGCCCCUUGCCUAUGUGAGCUUAACACCAGGAAAGGCAGAAGCGCCGGAUCAUGAGAAGCAGAAGGUUCUCAAAGCGAUCCAGGACUGGAUGGAUGGCCAGCUGGCAGGCUAUAAAAAGCUGAGGGGUGGUGUCUUUCAUCUACAGUCUCUGCCCAAGACUCCGACUGGCAAGAUCCUCAGACGGCUUUUACCGGCGAAACUGAACGAAAAAAGGGAAGCAAAGCUGUAGGUACAAUUUUCUAUAGAAUCUAUUUCUCUGUAUACUCUGUCAGCUGCGACUAGAUAUAUGUUAGCUGGCUUUACGAAAUAUAUUUAGCAGGAGCAAAUGGAACUGUAUAAAGCGGUGCUUCAAUACAAC